CUUGCUAGUUGCUUCCAGUUGCCACUCGUCUUCAUCACCCGUGCAAUUCUACCGCUGGAAAAUGGAAGAGCAAAUGGAAAAGGGGUUUUGGCCCUGGCCGAACAACGGGCCCUACCAGGUGAAACCGGCUGGGAGCCACAUCCAGUUGUUGUGAUGACAACAUACAGGACUUACCGAAAGGCGUCCCGGAAAAUCAACACUGCAGAACAUACUUCUGCUCUGGACACCUCCGACGCUUCUGCCGGCGAGUCCUGCUCAAACAGGAAAGAUGUCCCCCGUCCCCGACUUGAAAUCCCACCAGCACCCUCAUCAAGCUCACCAUCAAGGGAGAGGACCGCAAUACACAAACCCCAUUCGCAGCCCCAAAAGGUCAAGAAAGGGCCCAGUGCUGAGGCAAUGUGCAAUCCAUGUUGACAACCUCAAAAAGAAAAGGAGAGGGCUAGCGGUGAGGCCGCUGCACGCAACUCCAGGUUGCACUCCCAGGAGGAGAACUGGGACGUCGAAGGUGCCUGUCAUGAAGACAGGGAGGAGGAUGUGGUGGCAAGUCUUGUGGCAGCUGCACGGACCUGGCGUUAUCGGCCAGAGCCUCGUUUAAUACAGUAUGGCCGCAUCGAUAUUGCCAACAGGUGUCCAACUACGACUGCUCCACCUGCUGCUGGAAGUGCGGCAGCAAAACAGAGACAUUCUGAAUGAGCUUUCGCAGCUCAAAGAGGUCUGUGAGGGCCAUCACGACCGGCUGGGACUGUUGGAGGCGCCAGCAGCACAGGCUGCACCAGCACCAGAGUCUGGUGCUCGCCCAGUCACUCUACCAAGGCUACCAGCCACAACCCUGGAAGAAUUGAUGGCGGCGGAGGAAGCCGCUCAGGACGAGGCUGUAGCGGAAGCCUUGCAAAAGCGGCUCUUCAGGAUUGGAGGGAAGACAGACGUGGAGACGGUGGCAAAUAUAAUGUCGCACAUAAUGAGCCCCCCUGUGCAGGCCUUGUAUAGCCUGCAUGGGAAAAAAGGAAAAAGAAAGUUCCUGCUGCUGCAACUUUGCACCGUGGCGACAGCAACCAUCUCUGCAAAAAUCAAAAAGGAUGAGAAGGCAUCGCAGGCCAUCAUUGGCAGAUGGUUACCGGGAUCGGGAGACCGGGGUGGCGGCAGGAAACGCCGAUUCCUCAUGACAGUGGGCGAGGAUCCAUCACAGGAAUUGCUUCCACCCAUGUCCCCAGCUCAAGGGGGUCUUUAGAUGGAGUCAUGUAGGGUGGCAUUUUUGCGGUGCCUUUUCGAUGGACUCUGUCGAUUAAUGCCAUCGUAUGGGACUCGAGCUGUUUUGCUAUUACUUAUUACUUUUUCUCUAUUACUUUUUUGUUUGCUUCUACUUUUUGCUUAAUUUUUUUUUUUAACACUAAAGCAAGUGUCACACGCUUUCUUCUGAAGCAAAAGAAUUACAAUUGUGGAAUA